CCGUCGCCGCCCGAGAGGCCCGGCCCGGCCGCCGGAGCAGGCCGCGCGCGGGCCGCCGGGCCCGAGGCCGGAGCCAUGGGCGAGACCAAGAUCAUCUACCACCUGGACGGGCAGGAGACGCCGUACCUGGUGAAGCUGCCCCUGCCCGCCGAGCGCGUCACCUUGGCGGACUUUAAGGGCGUUCUGCAGCGACCCAGCUAUAAGUUCUUCUUCAAGUCUAUGGACGACGAUUUCGGAGUGGUGAAGGAGGAGAUCUCCGACGACAAUGCCAAGCUGCCCUGCUUCAAUGGCCGGGUGGUGUCUUGGUUGGUGUCUGCUGAGGGCUCACACCCAGAGCCAGCUCCCUUCUGUGCUGACAACCCAUCAGAACUGCCACCGCCCAUGGAGCGCACGGGAGGCAUUGGGGACUCCCGGCCCCCAUCCUUCCACCCUCAUGCUGGUGGAGGCAGCCAGGAGAACCUGGACAAUGACACAGAGACAGACUCCUUGGUGUCUGCCCAGCGCGAGCGGCCACGCAGGAGGGACGGCCCAGAGCACACAACCCGGCUAAAUGGAACUGCAAAGGGGGAACGGCGGCGAGAGCCAGGGGGUUAUGAUAGCUCAUCCACCCUUAUGAGCAGCGAGUUAGAGACCACCAGCUUCUUUGAUUCGGAUGAGGAUGACUCCACCAGCAGGUUCAGCAGCUCCACAGAGCAGAGCAGCGCCUCACGCCUGAUGAGAAGACAUAAGCGGCGGCGGAGGAAGCAGAAGGUUUCACGGAUUGAGCGGUCCUCGUCCUUCAGCAGCAUCACGGACUCCACCAUGUCACUCAACAUCAUCACAGUCACUCUCAACAUGGAAAAGUACAACUUUCUGGGCAUCUCCAUUGUGGGCCAAAGCAAUGAGCGUGGUGACGGAGGCAUCUACAUCGGCUCUAUCAUGAAGGGGGGUGCUGUGGCUGCAGAUGGACGCAUCGAGCCAGGAGAUAUGCUGUUACAGGUAAACGAGAUCAACUUUGAGAACAUGAGUAAUGACGACGCAGUCCGGGUACUGCGGGAGAUUGUGCACAAACCGGGGCCCAUCACCCUGACUGUAGCCAAGUGCUGGGACCCAAGUCCACGUGGUUGCUUCACACUGCCCAGGAGCGAGCCCAUCCGUCCCAUUGACCCUGCAGCCUGGGUCUCCCACACUGCAGCCAUGACCGGCACCUUCCCUGCCUAUGGCAUGAGCCCCUCCCUGAGCACCAUCACCUCCACCAGCUCCUCCAUCACCAGCUCCAUCCCUGACACAGAGCGCCUAGACGACUUCCACCUGUCCAUCCACAGUGACAUGGCUGCCAUUGUCAAAGCCAUGGCCUCCCCUGAAUCUGGGCUGGAGGUCCGAGACCGCAUGUGGCUCAAGAUUACCAUCCCUAACGCUUUCAUCGGCUCGGAUGUGGUGGACUGGCUAUACCACAACGUGGAAGGCUUCACUGACAGGAGGGAGGCCCGCAAGUAUGCCAGCAACCUGCUGAAAGCCGGCUUCAUCCGCCACACCGUCAACAAGAUCACCUUCUCUGAGCAGUGCUACUACAUCUUCGGUGACCUCUGUGGCAACAUGGCCAACUUGUCCCUCCAUGAUCACGACGGUUCCAGUGGCGCCUCUGACCAGGACACGCUGGCCCCUUUGCCGCACCCAGGGGCCGCCCCUUGGCCCAUGGCUUUCCCUUACCAGUACCCGCCGCCCCCACACCCCUACAACCCGCACCCAGGCUUCCCAGAGCUGGGGUACAGCUAUGGUGGGGGCAGCGCCAGCAGUCAGCACAGUGAAGGCAGCCGGAGCAGUGGCUCCAACCGUAGCGGCAGUGACCGGCGGAAGGAGAAGGACCCGAAGGCGGGGGACUCGAAGUCGGGCGGCAGCGGCAGCGAGUCGGACCACACAACUCGCAGCAGCCUGCGUGGGCCGCGGGAAAGGGCGCCCAGCGAGCGCUCGGGGCCUGCCGCCAGCGAGCAUAGCCACCGCAGCCACCACUCCAUGGCCGGCAGCCUGCGCAGCCAUCACACACACCCGAGCUACGGCCCCCCUGGCGUGCCCCCUCUCUACGGUCCCCCCAUGCUGAUGAUGCCCCCACCGCCCGCGGCCAUGGGGCCCCCAGGAGCCCCCCCGGGCCGCGACCUGGCCUCUGUGCCCCCUGAACUGACAGCCAGCAGACAGUCCUUCCGCAUGGCCAUGGGAAACCCCAGUGAGUUCUUUGUGGAUGUGAUGUGAACAGGGCCCCUCCCCCACUCGCAUCCCACUCCCGCACCCGGGCGGCUGCGUCCCUCUCUCCAUCCGUCCGUCUUUUUUACUUUGUCUGGUACCUGAAAGGGAAAUAAAUUGAACUAAAUUCA